GCAAACACAGCUAUCGCAGCAGCAGCAGCAGCAGCGUCUCAUCGCAAACAUGGGGCUACUGCAACAGCGCCGAGCCGCAAUGAUUCAACAGAAUAUGACUCCGGGCGCGUCCGGUGUGCCUACGGGAAUGAUGGAUAUGUCUGGCUCACAGAUUCCGCCGUCACAGAUGCCAGUCCAGAUGGGCAUGGGUAAUAUCGUCAUGUCGGCACAAACGGGCGGUGUUCAGGCUUCUCAGGGCCUACGAGCAGAAUUACUGCCAGCGGAUCGCAAUGCACGACCCAACCCAAGACCUCCGACAGCAGAAGAAGUGGAGGAGGCGCGCAGACUCAUCAAGAACUUUACUGACCACUGGACCAAUACCAAGAAGUUCGAGAUUUUCCCUACACAUUCCAUCCCGGAUAUUCAGCUCUCUGAAUAUAAUCAGGCCUUGACACGAUUGAUGCAAGGCGUCGAAGACCUCGAGCCGAGAAUGCCCAUGUUUUUUGCGAUCACUAAACAAGAAAUGGCUGUCCGCAAGCUUGCGGUCAUUUGCCUGACGGCACGGUAUCAGAGCAGCGAAGCUAAGAAAAACGACACCCGUCAUGUACUGGAUCUGACCACAGUGCGCAACAUGUUCCACCAGGUGACAAACGCAAACAAUGCCUUCACUAAGGAGAUAAGCACUGCCCUGGGCACUCCGCUACCCAGUGCUGGUCCCUUUGGGGGUAUGAGUGGCUUCGGCGGCUCUGAACACCCACCUUACAUAUACCCGAACCAGGUUCGCGCUCCACCUGAACCUGAACAGCCCACCCCUCCCACCACUGCGCCUCCUCGCCAAGUACCGAUCUCGCAACCUGCAAAUCGCCGCAAGCAGCCGCCGUCUCUUGCAGCAGAACAAACAGUGACAGCCUCAACUCCUACACCCCCAUCAAAUUCCACUCCAACGGCUCAGGCUGCAACACCGUCUCUCCUGGCUACCUCCCCUCAGACGCCGAAGUCACCCAAAGCCAAGGCAACUCCAAAGCAGAAACCUGCGGCUCGUCGAAAGACAUCGAAGGCUACAGCACCUGUGCCUGCCGAGUCCUUAUCCGUCGCACCCCCUACUCCAGCGACUCCAGUCUCCUCUAGCGAAACACAAACAGGGAAUAAGCGUGCUCGAGAAGAAGACGCGGGGGGCAACGAGGCGCCACCUCUAGCCCCCUCUCCGAAGCGAGUUAGAACCGAAGAGGAACAGUUUAGUGAUGUCCAGCAGAAGAGGCAGGAGGCUGCUGAUGCCGCCAUUGCUGAUCCAGCGAAGUCGGAAUCAUACUUGGCUCAGAUUGACGACCUGCUCAGGUUAGCACAAUCUAGCGGCGAUGGAGCGCUUCAGUCCCAUAUCGGAACCUUGUUGGAAUCUAUCGUUGAAACUGCAUAUCCUGAUUAUGUGGAUUCUACGACGUCCACUCUGGAUACCCUCGACACCCUCCUAGCUCCGCCAUCGCCGUCAUCUGCGCAACUGCACGAAUGCAUGGACUUCGUUGAUUGGUCAUCGUGUGAAGUUGCGACGCCCGACCUCGUGCAGACUACCUCCACCAAUCCUAGUCCCGGAUCUGGUUCAGAAGUGGAAACUCUGGGGCAUACUAGAGCCCAAGGAUCUUCGUCACCUCAGCUCUUCAAUGCGAAAGCGCCGCUGGAUGACCUGAACGAGCCUGACCCUUUGCACAUUGGGUUUUGGAGUGAAAUUGAUGGAGGCGAGGCUGCCUAUUAUCAAUCCACGGGGUGGAAAUGGGAUGGCCCGAUGCCUACGACGGAACAACCCUGGGCGAUCUCGACUUCAUAGAAAGGAUUUGAAUUUCUUGUGCUCUAUCUUUACUGUCCUUUAUUUAUCUUGUUUGUGAUCCCGUUGUUCUUCUCUCUCUUCAAUUGUUUGCUGAAUUAUUUUACCGUAUCACUAGUCUGGGUUCAUGAAGUCGGCUUCACUCCCUCAUCUCCCAUUUGACCUGCCCCCCAUCCCCAUGCCGCUCUGUUUCUUCAUAGUUAUCGCCUUUUCUCUUUUGAUUAUAUCUCAUCUGCUCUCUGUAUUUCUACCUUGUUGGCUUGUUAUGAUACCGAGGCGUUCUGGACAAUCGUAGAUGUCGGCCGAACGAGCACG